UUCUGUGCUGCUGAUGGUUUGGACCUGGUAAUUCUAAGGGAUUGGUCUGGCACACCGUGAGUUCUAAGGGAUUGGUCUGGCACACCAAAAUCAGGUUAGCUUUGAACAACAAACAGAGGGGUCAUCUUCUUGCUUUCUGGAAGCAGAAAAGACCCAAGCAUGGAUGAAAAGAAAGCAGGAGGUGAGGGCAGCGGUGACAGAGACACCAAGGACUUUGACGAUAUCCUUGUUCUGAUUGGAGAAUUUGGGAAGUACCAAAAAACUGAUUUAUGUGCUGUUUUUGAUAGUAAGUAUGUUGGCAAAUAUGGUGAACGGAGCCGUUGUUUUCAUAGAGGACACACCCAGUUUCAGGGGAAAUGGCACCAGAAUAUGGUCGACAUAUCCUUCAUGAAUGUAUCUGAUGAAGAAUGUACCGUUUUUCCAAACAUUAGUCACCAGAUUAAUGUCAACCAAGACAUCACAGAACCAGAUGAAUGUUCAAAAUGGGUGUUUGACACCGCCGAUGUAACAUAUUCUUAUCCGAUGCAGUUCACUCUCCUUUGUGACGACUCGUCAAAGUUGACCAAGUCCUAUAUUUUCAAUGUAAUGGGACACUUGGUCGGAGGACUGUUAUUUGGUGUGGUGUCCGACGGUGUUGGACGGAAGAUGGCGCUGCUUCUUGGGUUGAGUGUCAGUGGUUUUGCAGGAAUAGCAUGGGCCUUUUCCCCAACCUACGAGUGGAGUGUAGGGAUGCGGUUUAUGUUGGGCUUUGGCAUGAGCAACUUGUAUAAUUUGGCCAUCACAUUUGCUUUAGAGAUGGUGGGUCCGAGCAAAAGAAUGUUGGUAGGAACAGGUUUGGCAGUCGUUUAUGCGGGGGGCGGGGCAGUGACUAUUGGAAUAGCCUACUUUCUUCGAGACUGGCGCCAUCUGUUGACGGUAGUGGUUGCCCCAUUUCUGCUAACAGCGUUUGUAAUGUUGUGGUUUCUUCACGAGUCACCUAGAUGGUUGCUUACCAAAGGACGCCAUUCAGAAGCUGAGACAAUUCUAAGGCGUACCGCGAGAAUAAACAAGACUGCUCUCCCUCGGGGUCUUGUAGAAAAAGUUGAAAUCAAGGAACCUCCAAUUUCAAGUGCCAGAGCUCUUCUUCAUGCCCCCCGACUGGUGGUCAAAAUGCUGCUUCUGUACAUUAACUGGUUUGUCUUGGAUAUGACGUAUUAUGGGAUAAAUCUUCACGCAGGGAACAUGUCUGGAAAUCUCUACCUCAACUUCUUUCUCCUCUCUAUAGUGGAAUUACCUGCAUAUGCAUUGUGUUUCACUAUCGACAGAUUUGGAAGGAAGAAGAUAUACAUGAUAUGUAUGGUAGUGGGCGGCCUGGCAUGUCUCUCGUCUCUCCUUGUGCAGUUAUACGCUAAUAAUGAUUUGGAAUCUACUAACUACAUAAAGAUCACACUGUCCACGGUUGGGAAGUUUGGCGUCGCUGCAGGCUAUAAUAUCAUAUAUAUCUGGAGUAUUGAAAUAUUCCCUACCGUUGUCCGAAACUUCAGUUUGGGUCUGGCUAUAGUGUCUGCCAAUCUUGGAUCCAUGCUCUCUCCUGUAAUCGUGAGAGAAAUUCAAGUGGAAGGUAUUGGGGAGGAUACCUUGCCACUUGUGAUAUUUGGAGCCGCGGCCAUAUUUGCAUCAGUAUCUACAAUCCCUUUGCCGGAGACAGCAAACACAGAUCUACCCGAAACUGUAGCAGUCGCAAACAGUUUUAAGAACCGUCGGCCACGCAGCAGCUGUCAAAGCGGGAAUCAGCAACAUUCGGUAAUAGAGGAAAACUCUCUACUGUGAGAUAACAGCACUUGGUAUCUACUACAGGGAAAUUGACAUAUUUUCACAAGAUAUUGACAGCUAUUUUUCUGGCUUCUACGCUUUUUGGCACCGACCACGCUCCUGCAAGAGUUUCUUUUUUUUUCAUAGGAAAAACGUUACCACCCAGCUGUCCUCUGCUUGAAAAGUGUACACGGUUAUUGCUAGAAU